CAACAUCUCAUCAAUGCCAAUUGGACUCCAAGCUCCUUGUGUGUAGUUCACGAUAUUAACCAAAUACCCUCAUCUUCAAAUUCCAUCUGGGCAGUGUCUGCGAAGCUCCCAAGAUGUCUCCAGCAGCCAUAAUCGCACCGUCUAUUCUGUCUGCCGACUUCGCGAAUCUAGGAGCAGAAUGCUCCAAGAUGAUUGACUCCGGCGCUCAGUGGCUUCACAUCGAUAUCAUGGACGGGCAUUUUGUGCCAAAUAUCACGUUUGGAGCUCCGGUUGUGACGAAGAUUCGAAGUCAUGUUGACAAGCCGACCGCGAAGCAUGGGAAGGGGACCUUUGAUUGCCAUAUGAUGAUUGCAGAGCCAAAGAAAUGGGUCAAGGAAUUUCAAAAAGCUGGCUGUGACCUCUACUGUUUCCAUUACGAAGCUGCAAUCUCUAGCACAGCAGCAGAGAGUCCGGAAUCAACGAGCGAACUGAAGACGAGUCCGAAGGAGAUGACUAGAUAUAUUCAUGACUGUGGGAUGUUGGCAGGCAUUGCUAUCAAGCCAGAUACGAAGGUUGGUGUUUUAUGGGAGAUCUUGGAGACGAAGGAGGAUAAGGAACGUCCGGAUAUGGUUCUGGUCAUGACAGUACACCCCGGCUUUGGCGGACAGAAAUUUAUGGCUUCAGAGUUACCCAAGGUUGCAGAAUUACGAAAACGGUAUCCGGACUUGAAUAUUGAGGUCGAUGGCGGAUUGGGCCCUGGAACUAUUGACCAGGCUGCCGAUGCAGGAGCGAAUGUCAUUGUAGCUGGAAGUGCUGUGUUUGGUGCGAAGGAUCCCGCGGAAGUGAUCGCCAAGCUGAGGGAAGCUGUUGACAAAAGGAGAGGGAAGGAAUCGUUGUGAUUCCGGUGUUGAAUUGGGAAGCUAAUCAAGAUGACUGGACAUGGGGCCAGGUUGAGAAGAACCAAAAGGUCAAGGGGAAGGGAAGGAGCAGAAGAAGUAAGGCUGACUAGAGUUCGCUACGACCAAUGACGAUGAACAUAAUUCGAGAAUUCAAGCCGUUCUGACUGCAUAGAAUUCAUGCAGCCAACUGC